AUGGACCCCCGCUUUUCCGUCUCCCGAGAAGAGCUGUACAACCUGCAGAUGGAGUUGAAGCAGGUCCAGUACGCCCAAGCCAACCAUGCAGAACGAAUCCUCAGGUUAGAGAAGCGCCAGGCAGAUGAUUCUGCGCUCAAGUCCGUGUGGAACUCGCCCUUCCCGGGAGUCCUGGCCGGGACGCCGCAGCAUGGACCUGUCCAGAUUUCGCAGAACGACGUGUUUGACGACUUGGAUGAGCAGGGCGAGCAGCUGCUGGGAUCUCUACACCUGGGCCCGGCAGAGGAGGAGCCAGUUCGGCGCGGUGGUGCGGCUUCACGGGCAAACAGCGUCCGGUUUGACGAAAGCGCGUUGCACGGUUCCAACUGGGGUGCCCACAACAACCGGCACUCUGGCGACUUUGGCCCAGUCCGGCCCGGUUUCAUGAUGGAACGGACACUGUCGCACAAGUCUGACGGCAGACACAGCUCGGCCGGGCACUCGGUGCACUCUCACCACUCUGUCGCGUCAGGUCGAGCUAGUAGCAUCGGCCUCGACACCAACUUUGCCACGGGCGAUGAAGACGACGACGACUCUUCCUUUGACAUGCCUGGUCUCCCCGCUUCGGUUUACGUCCUGGGAACUGUUCCCUCCAUUGUUCGCUGCUGGCUGACGACGGACUAUGCCCAUGGGACGUUGCUCUAUGCGGACAUUUGCACCGGCUCGCAGAAGUCUACCAUUGAUUAUUCGCUCGUGAAAGAGCUGGAUUUCCUCAAUGAGUUCCAGCGAGACGUCAACGGAGUGUACAGGGCUAGACUGGACGUCUAUCUUGCGGAAGCCGUCAUCACACGGCACAGCAGCAGAUCAGACUCAGCUGCCGGAUCGGUCCCCUCCAUGUCGGUGUGCUUUGAAAUAUGCGGCAGCGAGCAGACCAAACCGAGCCAGACGACGUCCAAGGCAGUGCGCAUCUUCAUCGGAAGCGAUGCUCUGAGGGCGCACGCGGCCGAUAUCCUCUUUUCUCAAAAUACGAUGGUUCUCUACAGCAACGAGCGAGACCGGCUGCGAGUUCCCUUUAUCCGCCCCGAGGACGAAGAGGUGUUCCGCCACAUCACCACGAGCAAUGCCACGCCGGAUCGACCGAAGCUGAAUGCCAAUGCUGCGCCGUUCGUCUUUGGAGACGGCAGCCGAGCAGAGGGCGAAGAGAAGGCGGCCGCUGCCGAAACGCGAAGCCAGGCGUCACCGGCGACAUCACAUUCCGAGCCCUCGGAACGUGCUCGGGCGAAUAGUGUACCCGACUACGAAGAGGAAACGGAAAAGUCCGGGGGAGAUGCCAACGGACCCGAGCGCCGACGAAGGGACGGAUCCAGCGCGUCUGAGACGUCGCGCCGGGGAACGUCGUCGGGCAUCUGGGGCUCGUGGCGCAACCCCAGUGGCAGCGGCGCGAACCAGCGCGAGACGGAGCCCCUGAGCGGAUAUCAGCCGGCGCCGCGGGGCCGCAACAUGAAGGUGCUCAAGGCGCAGAAGUCGGGAUCUUCGUCGGCGCGCACGGGCGCCUCGUAUGAGCCCCCGCUACCAUCCAAGUCGGAGCUCGGUCGACGGAAGAGCCAGGCCAGUAUGAACGGCGAAAGCUCGACUGCUGGGAAUGGCAUCAGGUGGGACCUCAAGGGGCAAGCAGCGCCGGGGGAAGCCAAGGGGGAAGCGGCAAAGUCGGGCUCCGGCUCUAGUGUCCGAGCAGCUUCUGGCUCUGUGUCGCUACCCCGGACGGCGAAUAAUCCUGUCGGAGCAGCGUCGGCCUUUCCUUGGAUGACGCCGCCGGCGAAGCCAAACAAGUCGUCGACCGCAGCCGAUUAG